AUGCGGAGUGGGCUGUCCACGGCCUUCUCUCUGCUCCUCGUUGUCACCUGCAUAGACGCUGCGCCGUACGAUUUCAACUUCCUAGACAACUAUCGCCGCCCCGCGCCCUCGCCGGAAGACGGACCUCCCGCGUCCGCCAACGCCUCGCGAAACAAGGCACUCCUUCCUGCUCAGAUCUGCGCCAUUGUCGGCGCCUACGUCCUCACAGUACUUAUCUGGGGUGUGCUGCUCCUCACCGUUGGGAAGAAUAUGAGACGAAAGGCAGUGACUGCUCCAAAGGCUUUGGAGCUUGAACUCGUCACAGCACGACCUUCCGGCAGGACACCAGCAUCGCCAGCCUCUGCAAGAUCAGCGACAUCCUGGUUCAAGAGGGGCUUCAGACCGAAAUCAAACAUCGAUUCCGCCAUUGGAAGCACAGAGUCUCCUGUGGUGCAGUCUCCGGCUUCAUUCGACCAAAAGGUCAUUGAAGCCGACCGCGACCGCGCUCAAGCAGAGAUGGAGCGUCUGUACGCGGCCGUCAUGGAGCAUGACAGGAAGAAGUCCUACUCUCAGAUCAGCAACGACGAGACCGAACUUAAGGAGAGGCGCCCACCGAGAAUCGACACGAGUCGAGCAUCAGUGAGCUACUCGAACCCGGCCUCACCCGUCCGGGCCAUCUAUCCUCCAGGAUACCACAGCGGCGCCCCAACCGCUCCUCUCCCACGAGACCGAGAAAGACUACGAGAUCAACCCCCAGCAAGCCCUCGCAGCAUCCUCUCCAAGAAAUCCACCACAUCCAACGCCUCCACCUCGACCAACAAAGCCCGCUUCAACCUCAAAAACCUCCGCAUCUCCAGCCCCAUGCACAACAACACCCACACCAAAUACCCCGACCAAGGCUCCGACGACGAAGCCCGCACCCCCCUCUCCCCCCGUUUCCACUACCCCGGCGCAAGAACCCCCUCGCAGCAAAACUCCCCCACCACGCCAGGCGACCUCGACGCCUACGAACAACUCGACGAAGUCCAACCUCUCCCAAACCCAGCACCCCAACGCCUGAACUCCUACUCCUCCGACGCCCCUUCCUCCAACAAUAAAUCCCCAUCCCGAUCCGCAACCGCCGGCACCACGUCCAACGCCCUCCCUCUCCGCGGCUACACCGAGCCCCUCAAAUCCCCGGACCUCCGCACCACGGUGCUCGAUCGCCGUAUGGACAACUUGUCGCUCGCGUCGCCCAAGACGGGCGUGCCGUUCACGCCGUACUCGCCGUACAUGCCGUUUACGCCCAUCACGCCCGUGACGCCGCAUCUGGUGACGCGCAAGGAGAGGAAGAGUCGGCAGGGGAGGAGGAUGGUGGGGCGGGAGAAGGAGGAGUUGGUGCAGAGUCCCAAGGAGAUUUUUGGGGAUGCUUGGUAG